AUGGAAGGGGAGGAGCGGGAGGAAGAGGAGGGGCAAAGGCGGAUCAAGGCUGAGCAGACGGAACCACGUGCUCGAGCCCUGCCUGAAUUCGCAGCCCCCACCUGUGGGUUCAUCGCCCCCCCCAUCGCGCAGGUGAGCGGGGAGGGGGAGCUCAGCCCAGAUAUCCCGGGGGGAUCCCUGGAGCAGGAGCUGAGCAUGGAGAGCAGGGAGGACAAAUCCCUGUGUCAGAACCUGGUGGAAGAGGCCGUUUUGAGCGGCUCCACGGCGCAGGAACCCAACGGGGAGGAAAAGCCCCGGAGAUCCCGCACGAGGAGGGGCUGCAAACGCAGAUGGCGGGGAUCUGAGGGGGAAAGAGCCAGCCUGGGCCAGGAAGGCGGCCAGAGAUGGAGCCAGAGCUCGGAGCUGGUGCUGCAUGAGCAGCUCCAUGAUGGGGAGAAGCCCCACACGUGUGGGGAGUGUGGGAAGAUCUUCAGGUGGAACUCUGAGCUGAUCAGGCACCAGAGGGCCCACACUGGGGAACGGCCCUACAAGUGUGAUCAAUGCAAGAAGAGGUUUCAGACCAGCUCCAAUCUCCUCCAGCACCAGCACACUCACACAGAGGAGAGGCCCUUCCGCUGCCCCGACUGCGGGCAGGGCUUCAGGCAGAAUGUUCAUCUUGUCAGGCACCGACGCAUCCACACUGGGGAGAGGCCCCACGAGUGUGGGGAAUGUGGGAAGAGCUUCAGGCACAGCUCCAACCUGAUCAGGCACCAGAGAACCCACACCGGGGAGAGGCCCUACGAGUGUUCUAAGUGUGGGAAGAGGUUUCAGAGCAACUCCCUUCUUCUCCAGCACUAUCGGAUUCACACAGAGGAGAGGCCCUUCCAAUGCCCUGACUGCGGGAAGGGAUUCAAGCACAACUCCACCCUCAUCACCCACCGGCGCAUCCACACUGGGGAGAGGCCCUACGAGUGUCCCCAGUGUGGGAAGAGCUUCUCCAGCAGCUCUCACUUGACCCAACACCAACAGAGGCAUGAUGGGGAGAAGCCCCACAAGUGCACGGAGUGUGGAAAGAGCUUCAGGCAGAGCUCCCACCUGAUCCAGCACCAGAUGAUCCACACUGGGGAAUGGGCCUAUGAGUGUGGGGAAUGUGGGAAGGGCUUCAGCUGCAGCUCCCACCUCAUCACCCACCAACGCAUCCACACUGGGGAGAGGCCCUACGAGUGUCCUGAGUGUCAGAAAAGGUUUCAGAGCAGCUCUAACCUCCUAUUGCAUGAGCGCAUUCACACGGAUGAGAGGCCCUUCUGCUGCCCUGAGUGCGGGAAGGGCUUCAAGCAAAACUCCCACCUCAUCACCCACCGGUGCAUCCACACCGGGGAGAGGCCCUACGAGUGUCCCCAGUGUGGGAAGAGGUUUCAGACCAGCUCCAAUCUCCUCCUGCAUGAGCGGAUCCACACGGAUGAGAGGCCCUUCCACUGCCCUGACUGUGGGAAGGGAUUCAACCUCAAUUUCACACUCGCCACCCACCAGUGCAUCCACACUGAGGAGAGGCCCUACGAGUGUCCCCAGUGUGGGAAGAGCUUCACCCAGAGCUCUCACCUGACCAAACACCAACGGAGGCACGAGUAA